AUGGAUUCGUGCAUGUUAGGUAUGUGAAAUAGAGACUUAACACCAUGACAGCCCUUAAAGUGGCAAAAAGUUGUCGUCAAUUUCUCCAACCAAAAUAUCAGCCUCUGGUGAUACAAACUGCCACAUCUGUCAACCUUUUUGAUGUGGACAAAAAGAGUGGUUACCAUGACGACUUGGACGGCAAGAAAAAGAAGGGAUUUAUUGAAAGUUUAAAGUUACAGAAGGGAGAAUUUAAAUUAUUUACAGAGGAAAUAAAAGAUAAAUUAAGACUUCGUCAUCUUGAUAGAUGGAAUUUAGAUCAUGGUACUUAUGAGUACUUGUGGAAGUUUGGUGGAAAGGAAAGUGUUGAAAGAUGGACACUGACAGCUGACAGAGACAAUCUGGAGGGACAGAGUUCAGUUAACCUGUCAAUCAGUAAAGACAAUAAUGCACUCUUUCAUGGAUACCUCUCUCAACAAGUUCCCAAAGAUGGUAUUUCAAAGAAUGCUGGCUACUGCAACAUGAAAUCUCCUUCUAAUUAUAUAUCAUUCAAAAGGAAACGCCCUAUAGAUGAUAUAGGAAUAUAUAGUCAUCUUGUGUUGCGUGUAAGAGGAGAUGGAAGACCGUACUACAUAAACCUUCAGAUGAAACGGGCAUAUGAUAUAAUGUGGUCUGACCAGUUCAACUACACGUUAUAUACUAGAGGGGGACCCUACUGGCAGGUAGCCAAGAUACCAUUCUCCAAGUUUUUCUUCACUCACAAAGGCCGUAACCAGGAUCACCAAUAUCCUCCUGAUCUUCAAAACAUAGAAAAUAUCGGAAUCACCAUGGCAGAUGGUGUGGAAGGCCCUUUCCAGCUUGAGAUAGACUACAUAGCUGUAUUAAAUGAUGCAAAUCAUUUAGAAGAAACAGCAUAUGAGGACUACAACUAUACCUUCUGAUUUGUAGUUUUUGUUUUUACAUAUUAAUUUAUUCAAAGUCAGGGCUAUAGAUAGAAAUAUUAUCUACAUGAAAGAAAACUGGUUAAAAUCCAGGAAAGUUAAUUUUUCUAAGACCAUUAAAAUUAAUAUGUGUAUCAGGUUAGUGCAAUAACCUGACUGUUGUUGGCGAUUACGAAAAAAAACCCAAAUAAAUAUACAUAACAGUACAUGUAUGUAUGUGAAAUUGAUUAAGAAUGUGUGACUGAUGUGUAAUGCAGUGUAUUAUUAAAUAGGGGAAAUGAUACAGAGUUAUGAGUUUAAAUUUUAUUAAUACUCAACUGUCACAUGCUAUGUACUAUGUUUUGCCUAAUCAUUGCGUUUUGUUAAGAAUAAAAGAUACAUAUAUA